AUGUCCGACCAUGUGGUAUUUGGAAAACCAGUAAUACUUACGGAGGAGAAACUGAAAGAUGUUAUACAAAGUAAAAUGAAACAACGUGCGCUGAAGGAGGCUCUGGACAAGCAGGUCGCGCAGGUCAAAAAGCGGAAAGAAGAGGCGGGUAUCGGAAAAAAACUGGCUAAUGGGGUGAGGAACACUGUGAAGGAGCAAACUUACAAUAUGAAUUUUGAAGACAAUCAAAUUAAAAUUGUUCCUCAAGGCGACCCCGAUGACUUCAUAGUUAAAUCUACCGGGGGCGCGCAGCAGGGUCCGUCAAAUGGAAUUAGGAAUGGCGUUACUGCGUUACGGCCAGUGUACCAAUCGAACUCACUGCCACCAAACUUCUCUAUGAGCACGUCAGAGGGUAACCCUUUAGCACCUCAGAAUGAAUAUAACACCAAAUCCCUACCAGUCGGCCUGACGUCACGCCCACCGAAAAGCAAUGGUGCGCCUAACCUCCUUGGUACUCCAAACGUACGGGAACGAAUUGGGUUGGGUGCAUCUCCACAUUGCAGUCCGUUGGUUGCCGAUUCACCCAAAACCUUUGACUCAAACUGCUUACCUCGUAACUUCAACGUGGAUGAGGUGAAGGCUCAACUUCAGGCGCAGCAACCGAAACAACCGAGCCCUCAACGGCAGUUAAAACAAGCACCUCCCUUACAUAUGGGUUUGGUGAAACCGCCUGUUAGUGGGGGACGAAAGAACUUUGCCCAGUCGCCCAAGCGUCCGGGUGGGCAUCUUCCUCCGCUGGAAAUUGUUGAGGGGUUUCCGGGGCGGCGGCCAGUGGAGAGCACACAAUCAUCGGGAAGGGCAAUAGAAUCAAAUGCUCAGGAACUGUUGGGGACACCUCUCCUCAAUGGUGUGCCUGGGCGGUCAGGGAAGGCAAGAAAUGUCGCAGGCCCUCGAGGCCGCUCGAAUGAAGCGCGAGGGCGCGCAGGACCUGCACCCGUGGGCCCCCGAAGUACACAGGCACGUAUGACGGAAAACCAGUUGGGACGACUACAAAAAGAGUUAGAGACACGUGAGAUACAAAUGGCGAAGAUGAGGGAGAAAGAGCGAAAUUGGGAGGAACAAGUCAAACAAUUGAAAAACGAACUGAAAAAUGCGAAGCGCAAGGAACGUGACUUAAAUAGGCUUGUGAAAGAGGUCCCCAGGAGAGCGGAAACAGCACCGGACCCUCCUGUUGUGUCGCCACCUAUGCCUGGUGCUCUGGUCAAGGGGACGAACAAGGGAUCAACCAUCUUGUCAACACUUGCACAGGACAGAAAACAGGCUCCCCCAAAGAGUAAAAUACUUCCUCCAAAAACGUUCCGCCCCAUUAGCGCACCAUUGGAAGCUGGGGUGGGAUCUUAUGUCCCUGAAGAAAUCACGGAUAAUACGACCAUGCAGGACUCCUUUAAAUGCGCCUCGUUUUUGACUCGGAAGACGGCAUUCGGGCUUCCGGAAAAGAACGCCAACAAACCUGUUCCAAUUGAAUACGAGCAUCUUUUACAGUUUGUUGAGGAAAAAAUCAUAACUCAACGACAAGCCGAUGCCCUGUGGCGUCUCUUUACCAAUGGUGAAUCGCCACUUGCUCUUCUUAGGCGGCAGUCAAUGGGUCCACGUGCAUUUGGCGACGCCUCUGAUCUACAUGGUCCCGCAGGGCGUACGCAUAAGGAUGCCGAGGAUACCGAAGAGGAUAAUAAUGAGGAGGCCAGUGAGGGGCAAAGCGAAGAAGGGCAGUUGCAGGAGAGGAAAUAUUCACAAGAAGAAGAGGGGGAAGAAGAGGAAGAGGAAGAAGAGGAAGGAGGAGAAGAAGUGGGAGUAGAAGGGGAAGGGGAAGAGGAGGAUGAGGAUGGGGAUGAAAAAGUCGAGGAGACGGACGAGGAGGAAUGUGAUUCAUACGACUCGGCUGGUAGUUUGGAAGAAGGGGCAUCAAAUGGCGGGCUCAGUGCAGGAGGAACGAAGGGCCGAGGGGACGGGAGGGUAAAGGGCCAGUUUGAUGUAAAAUUAGGGAAUGUGAGAAAAGAUUACGAUGAAAAUUCUUCCGAUGAGCACGACAUGUUUGAAACUUACGCAAAACUUAACUUGGAAGAGUGUCUAUCGGAAGGGGAGGUAAAUGAUGAGUGA